UGUCAAACAGCGUUCUAGUGCUUAGUUAAUGUUUAGUUAAAGUAUUUAGAAUUUAGUGGUCGUGACUGUGAAUUUCAAUGUGUUAUAAUGAAGAAUUAAAUCCUAGUAGGGCGUAGUUGUAAUUGCGACAUGGCAUCUCGCAGGUAAGGCACGUUUUUAUACUCGUUGAAAAAAAAUAGGAUUAUCGUAAUUCAUGGACAUUCCAAGAACAAUUUUGCAUAUCGUCGGCACAACAGCAGAUGGUUUCAUCCUAACAUAUCAGGAUUAGAGGCAGAACGUUUAUUAAUGGAACGAGGUUAUGAUAGUUCCUUUCUAGCACGUCCAAGUUCAUCAAAUCCUGGUGAUUUCACGUUAUCCGUAAGACGCAAUGGUGAAGUGACUCAUAUUAAAAUACAAAACACAGGAGACUUUUAUGAUCUUUACGGAGGUGAAAAGUUUGCAACAUUGUCAGAACUCGUACAAUUUUACAUGGAAAAUGGUGGUCAGCUACGUAAAAAGAAUGGAGAGAUAAUAGAGUUGAAAUAUCCUUUGAAUUGUGCUGAUCCAACGACUGAAAGGUGGUUCCAUGGCCAUUUAUCAGCAAAGGAAGCAGAACGUUUGAUGAUGGAAAGGGGAAAAAAUGGAUCAUUUCUAGUUCGUGAAUCACAGAGUAAACCUGGGGAUUUUGUAUUGUCUGUUCGUACUGAUGACCGUGUUACACAUGUUAUGAUACGAUCACAGGAUAAUAAAUACGACGUGGGAGGAGGAGAUAAAUUUGAUAGUCUCAGCGAUCUUAUAGAACAUUAUAAACGAAAUCCAAUGGUUGAAACAAGUGGAAGUGUUGUUCAUCUUCGACAACCAUUCAAUGCAACUCGUAUAAACGCCAGCGGAAUUGAAAGUAGAGUAAGGCAGUUACACAAAGAGAAUGGUUGUUCUAACGGAUUAUUAUGUCGAAAUGGAGCAACAGAUACUAACGAAGGCAGUACAGGUCGUGGUAAAGGAAAAGCAGGAUUUUGGGAAGAAUUUGAAUCAUUGCAACAACUAGAAUGUCGUCAUUUGUUUUCCAGGAAAGAAGGUUUAAGAUUAGAAAAUCGAGCGAAAAAUCGAUACAAAAAUAUUUUACCGUUUGAUCAUACGAGAGUACACUUGAAAGAUGUAGAUCCUAAUGUACCUGGAUCAGAUUAUAUUAAUGCUAAUUAUAUCAGGAAUGAAGAAGCCGAUGGAGCAGUACCUGGUGUUAGUGGAAAUGAGGUUGGUCAGUUUAAUAAAUGUUAUAUUGCUACGCAAGGCUGUCUUCCAAACACUAUUGGAGACUUCUGGCACAUGGUGUAUCAAGAAAACACUCGAGUAAUCGUUAUGACUACGAAAGAAAUGGAAAGAGGGAAAAAUAAAUGCGCUCGGUAUUGGCCUGAAAAAGGAGAAAUAGCAGAAUAUGGAGGCACAUGGAAAGUUCAUGCUCUUUCUUGUACCGAAACAGCUGAUUAUACUUUACGUGAAUUUUUAUUACAAGGAAACAAACCCAAUUUCAUGGUUGCUAGAAGGAUAUACCAUUACCAUUUUCAAGCUUGGCCCGACCAUGGUGUACCAUCGGAUCCUGGUUGCGUUUUAAACUUUCUUCACGAUGUUAAUGCUAGACAAGAAUUACUAGCUGCUGCUGUUACACCAAAUACUCCAAAUACAGCACCAACCAUGGGCCCAAUUCUUGUUCACUGUAGCGCUGGAAUAGGAAGGACUGGAACUUUUAUUGUUAUUGAUAUGAUUUUGGAUCAAAUUAAACGCUAUGGUCUUGAUUGUGAGAUUGAUAUUCAACGAACUAUUCAAAGAGUACGCUCUCAAAGAUCUGGUAUGGUACAGACUGAAGCACAAUAUAAAUUUGUUUAUCUCGCAGUUUUACAUUACAUUGAGACUGUAUCUCAAAGAAUGCAAGCUGAACAGAAAUCAUUACAGUUGGGUCGUGAAUAUACUAAUAUUCGAUUACGGCGGUACUGAAAAAUGAUAUUGCAUAACGAAUAGACAUGAAGGAAUGAGUUGCGGGAAGCUGCUCAAAUCUAUGUUCUCGUCACAGAAAAUUAAAUGUUUAAAAAGUUAGACGACUUUCACUGAUAUAACUUCUAUCUCAGUUCGCUUAUUGACAUUAUCAAGCAAUUAAACCGAUUAUAAUGUGAGAGAUGUUGAAACUGAGAAAUUGAAAUGAAGAAACUGAGAAACUGAGAAAGCAUUGUUAUCAGGGAAGAUAAAGAAGAAGAAGAAGAAAAAGUGAACGUAACAAAGAUGAUAAUUUAUUUCAUUACCUAGCUCGGGUCAAAGAGCGAAACUCUCAAUCAACAAAAAGAGAUUAAGACUACCAAGAUUCUAUAUCUCGGAUUAAAAUAAAAUAAAGAAA